AUCAUCUUGACUGAAUAAACGAUCUUUGGCAGCGAUGCUUCACACAGAGCUAGCUUCAGAGUGAGCUCCUCUCUUUAACACAGGAGGACCAGCAUGAUCAGGACUCCACAGGGACCAGUGUGAUCUCUGACAGGUCGUCACCAGAGGAAGAAAUGAGAACCCAAAGGACACACCUUCAAAGACUUCAGGGUUUGAGACGGUCAGGUGUUCAGCCUCACUCCGCCUGAAGUUUCUCUUCAGAGGUCUCAGAAGAGGACGGAGACACAUCAGAUGAUCCCUGCAGACUCCUGGACUCAGCCAUGGUUCUGAUCUAUACUCUCCUCAUCUGACCCUCAGAGUCUGAUCCGCUUUGCCUUUGGAACCGAACCCUGUGUGCCUACCUGUGUUUCUCUAAAGGUGUGCACCCUGCAGAUCCCACAGAGUCCUGCCUGCCCGGAUCUCAGACUCAGCUCCUGUUCUGCUGUCUCUGGAGCGGCAGGUAUGUGGACUGUUAGUCGGGGUCUACAAAGAACUUGUCGUCCACUCACAGUGACCCUCAGAAAGUUUGCAAGUCUGUUCACCUGGAGCUGACACCUGAGGAGUCCUUCCCACCAAUCAGAGAGGAGCUACAGGAGGAGCAGGGAGUCCUCCACCCGAGGAUCUGUUGAGUCCUGCCCCGGCCUUUUAAUCUCCAUCCAGCCGGACCUUUGUGGGGCGGUGCCAUGCCCACCAACCAGUCCUCCCCGUGGGGAGGAGGGAAGCUCAGGGCUGACUCGAGCGUAGAUAAUUCAACCACUGCAACCUCUCUCAGUGCGCACGCCAAGACUGUCACAGCCGCUAAAGUGCCUUUAAGUCAGACUCCUCUGGACCAGACCAGGAGGAAGGACCAAGCCAAAUCCCUCUCCUCUCACGUCGCCCCGGCUGCUUCCCCGCCGCUGCUCUCCGGGAACGGAGAUGGAAACACAGCGAGCACCAAGAGCCAAUCCACCGCCGUGCCAGACCAGUCCUCGGACCCGCCACAGAGACUUAAUGGAACUCAAAACCCAGACCAGAUACGAGGUGUGGGACUAAAGACCAAUGCUCCUUCCUCCUUUCCUCUGAAGGACUGUCAGACCCGUGAGGGGCUCCAAACACCUCAACCUGGAGGUGGAUCUCCAGUGAGCAGGAGUCCGGCUGCAGGAGGGGGGGGCGAUGCAGAGAUACUCCGGUCGGCCUGUCAGCGAGACUUGAUGGUCAACGGUCGGCCCGCCUCGAGUCAAACCAUCAAACCAACGCCUGAAGCUGCAGACUGUUCCUCCUUACCAUCAGUGCCUCCUCCAUGCCUUACUCUUAAUGAACACCAGGGGGCAGCACUGAGACAAACCGCCCCCAGCCUUGUCAGCACAAAAGUUCAAAUGAGAAGCACAAAAACCGCGAGAAGGAUCCACUCCGCCAAAACCGCCACAAGAUGCAGUCAGAGACCAAACAGCUGCACCAAGACCUCUGCUCCAAACAAUCAGCUGCUGGUGAGGGGCGGACCUCCUGCUGUGAUCACAACACACAGCAAGCCAACAACAACAACAACAACAACAACAACAAGAAGCAAGAGAGCGCCAGAGAGUAGGCCAAGAAGCUCUCUGCCCACGUGCAGAAGACACAGUUCUCCUGCAGCCAGUCCCUGCACCAACGGAUCCACGCCAACCGUGCUCAGUGCCAGCGCCACGACCGAGAAACAGCCCACUCUGAUGGAUCACAGCUCAGACCUGGUCCCCGGUCCUGCAGGAGCCUUAGUGGGCUCUGUGACAAACCAGAUCUCUGCGAUCCACCUCACCAGGCAGGGUCAGCCCGCCUCCACACCGUCUCCAUCGCCGACAGAGGAGUGUGAGGGCGGGGAGUCUUCUCUGUCUGGGCUGGAGUCUGGGAUGCAGGUGGACGGGGUUGAGGAGGAGCUCCCUGACGAGCUGGAGAACGUCUGCAGUGACGACGAUGAGUCAGACUGUUCCUCCAUCAAUGGCUCCUCCUCCACAGCGUCCAUCGCUCCUGCUUCUGGCGUCGAGGAGCCGAUGUUAUUGGAGGCAGAAGAUGAUCGAGAGGAGAGACCAGCUUUGGUUCCCAGUUUGUUCCCCUUCAUCCCGCCGACGCUCUACUUCAGCACAUCUGCUGAGAAAGUGGAGCUGCUGCCUGCAGAACAGAGACGACUGCUGAAAUGGAAGAUGAGCACCGUCACUCCAAACGUGGUCAAACACACCAUCGGCAGGUCCCACUUCAAGGUCACCAAGAAAAGCCACGACUGGCUGGGCUGCUGGGGACACCACAUGAAGUCUCCAGGCUUCAAAGCGCUCGGCGGACACCAGAAGCUGAACCACUUCCCAGGAACGUUUCAGAUCGGCAGGAAGGACCGGCUGUGGAGGAACUUGUCUAAGAUGCAGCUUCGCUUCGGCAAACAGGAGUUCAGCUUCUUCCCCCGAACCUUCAUCCUCCCUCAAGACAUCAAGCUGCUGCGGAAGGCGUGGGAGGACGGAGGCUCCCGGCAGAAAUGGAUCAUCAAGCCGCCGGCGUCAGCCAGAGGAAUCGGCAUCCAGGUCAUCCACAAGUGGAGCCAGAUGCCCCGCAAGAGACCGCUGCUGGUCCAGAAGUAUCUCCACAAGCCCUACCUCAUCAGUGGGAACAAGUUCGACCUGAGGAUCUACGUCUACGUGACGUCCUACGACCCGCUCAGGAUUUACAUCUUCACCGACGGACUGGUUCGCUUCGCCAGCUGCAAGUAUUCGUCUUCCAUGAAGACUCUGAGCAACAAGUUCAUGCACCUCACCAACUACAGCGUCAACAAGAAGAACUCUGAGUACCAGACCAACAGUGACGACAAGGCCUGCCAGGGACACAAAUGGGCUCUGAAGGCUCUGUGGCAGUUCCUGGGCUCAAAGGGAGUCAACACCACGCUGAUCUGGGAGAAGAUUAAAGACAUCGUGAUCAAAACUCUCAUUGCGUCAGAGCCGUACGUCAACAGUCUGAUGAAGAUGCACCUCAAGACUCCGUACAGCUGCCACGAGCUGUUCGGCUUCGACAUCAUGCUGGACGAGAACCUCAAACCCUGGAUCCUGGAGGUCAACAUAUCACCCAGCCUUCACUCCAACACGGCGCUGGAUGUUUCCAUCAAAGGUCAGAUGAUCAGAGACCUCCUGAACCUGGCCGGAUUCAGAAUCCCAAAUAAAGAUGAUGUUGCCCCCUCAUGCAGCAGCGCCUCCAGCUCCACCAGCAGUCUGUGUGGAGGAACCAGGGAGAAGACAAAGCUGGAGCUGACAGCUGAUGAGAAGGUGAAACGAGCCUUUUACCUCACCCAGCGUUACCCGGAUCAGGACUUCCUGUCCUCGGUGUUGGACGUCCUGACUCCGGAUGACGUCCGAGUUCUGGCAGAGAGUGAAGACGAGCUGAACCGUCUGGGAGAGUUCGAGCGAGUCUUCCCGUCUCCCUCGUCGUCUCGAUACCUUCGCUUCUUCGAGUGUCAGAGAUACCUCAACGUGCUGCUGGACCAGUGGGAGCAGAAGUACUGGAGCAACAGGACCAAAGGUGUGAGUCUGCUGCGGACGCUGUGUCACAAAGGAGUCCACCUGGGGACCAACGACCCGGCUCACAUGUGGUCCAAGUGUAGCUACAUCUCACGGUUUGGACCCCACAGACCAGACCUGAGCAGUCCAUCCAGAUCCAGGGUGGUGGUCAGCCUGCAGCACCGCCCCCGUCUGAAUGAUGAUGAGGGUUCAGAUGGCGAGGUGGCCUCGGUCUCCAGUCUGCCCGUCUCUCCGAGUCCUGGAUCCAGCGUGACCAGCAGUGCCUGCACCAGCCCUCAGCCCAGCCUGACCCAGAGCCUGCUGCCCCAACAGUUCGCCUCGCUUUGAGACUCUGUUUGCAGAACUCGACCCUGUUUUUAACCUUUGACCUGAAGUCUGUGUGACACUCACUGUAGAGGGGUAAUGUGCCAGUCUUAAAACACAGGGUCUCACUCAGAGCAGGUACUGGACUUUCUUAUUUCAGGGCUUUAACUCGAUUAGAGGAGUUUUGUUACGAAUGAUUAAAUCUGGAUUCAUUCUCCCUCACAUAAAGGAUCAUUCCCUCUGAUCCCUCACCUCUGUAAUCAGACUUCAGUUAUAAUCACAGUCUGAGCUGCCGGUCUCUAACAGGACUGCUUUGCAAUGUGAACUUAAUCCUGCAGAGACUUGAAACCCGUCACAGUGAGCUCCAGGUCUGAACUGGUUCAGUUCACAUUGUUGUUUUUGCAGUUCAGAGCAGAUCUCUGAAGACCGGUGAAUCAGUCUGUGAUGUUAAAGAGAAGAGAUAACCUUCAUCACUUUAACAUGCAGCAUCCUGUGAGUCUAUUCAGAGUGUUUACAGAAUGUAGACGUGAUGCAGACGGGACCAUGGUGUCCCAUUCUAAACUCUAGAGUCUUAAAAUCAGAGUAACACAGGUGCUUUGUAUUUCCUCUUCCUUUAGAUCACUGAAACACUUGAAACAGAGCAGACAGGUGAUAGUGUGAGUCUGAUGGAGUGAGGUCGCUCUGCUCCCCGUAGAGAUCAGUCAGCUCGCUCCCUGAGUGGAAACAUCGUAUUAAAACAUCUCAGUUGAAGUGUGCGCUGUGUUUCUGUUUAUCAGAGCGUGCACUUUCACUGAGAUGUUGUGUUACAUGGUCUAGGACUGUUUCAGGAGUGAUCUCUGUAGCUCAGCUCUGUGCAGGAGCUCUGCUGGUCUUCUCCAAACAGGGACAGGCUGACUGUCUGUAGAGCCCGUGUUUUAUCCAGCUCCUCUUGUAGAAACACAAACUCUAAACUCUUAUAGUGUGAACCUCUCUGCAGACUCGAACCAGUCGCUGCUCCUCUGGGAGUCAAACACAGAGCCUGUUGGUGCCAUCUCACCGCCUCCUCGUGUCCUCACUGAUUUCAGGAACCAGACUAUCAAAGUCCAGAUCCGUCUCACAGUCCAGACUUAAAACCUCUCCAGCAUGGCUCCGUCUGAUUUUAUACAAACAUCAUUCAAACUGCCGACCAACACU